AUGAGUGGCGCCUUGCAAGCUAUUUUCUAAAGCUUUCACCGAAAUAAAACAGCCGAUUGCUUCAUUUCAUUUUGGUUUAACGCGCUUCAAAUUCUACUUACAUUGUUCCUAAUUUUGAUUAAUCUUGAUUUUCUGUCUCGUUUUACUGUGAUCAAUACCAAAACUUGAAUUUCAUCAUGCCUAAAACUCCAUCUAAAGGUUCCAAGAGCAGCGACUCAGGAGAUGCCGGAGGCAGUGAUGAUAAAUUCAAAUUGAGUAACAAUCGUUUCAUCUCUAUUUCAUCAUUUCGAGGUCGCUUGAAAGUUGACAUAAGAGAAUAUUACGUCAAUGAUGAAGGUAAAAGGUUACCUGGAAAGAAAGGUAUCAGCUUGUCUUUGGACGAAUGGAAGAAACUUAAAGAUUACGUUGAUGAUAUUGAUGGUGCAUUGAAAAAAUUGGAUUCCGAUGCUUCUGAAUCAGACGAUGAAUGAUGACACCAAAAGUAUGAAGAGCCAAUAUCUUAAAAGAACUUAAAGAUCUUCAGUAUAAUGCUUUUCUCAAACUGUAAACAAAUCAUUUCAUAAAAUUUCAAUAUCAUGUGUCUAAUUCAAUCUUCUAAUUAAUGUGCCAUUUAAUUUGACAAUUUGAGCAAUUCUUGCAAGUAUUAAAAUGUUUUCGACACAA